CGUGACGUAAAGGCGCAAGAGGCAGGCGCGUUGCAUUGUGGUCGCCGCCGGUGUCUGGACAGAAAGAGAAAGCACACGACAGCUCUUCAGUUAACUGCUGCGAUAUUCGGCGUAGAUAAGACAUUAAACAGCUUAGUCGCCGGUGAUCCGUGACAACCUUCCAAGCAGCCAUGUCGUCGACAUCCCAGAAACAUAAAGACUUUGUGGCCGAGCCCAUGGGCGAGAAGCCCGUGGGGGCUCUUGCGGGCAUCGGAGAUGUCCUUGGCAAAAGACUGCAGGAGAAAGGUUUUGACAAGGCGUACGUUGUCCUCGGGCAGUUUCUCGUGCUAAAGAAAGACGAGGAGCUUUUCCGGGACUGGCUGAAGGACACUUGCAUGGCAAAUGCCAAACAACAAGGUGACUGCUACGGCUGUCUGAAAGACUGGUGUGACGCCUUCUUAUAAAACAAUCGCUUCAAUUCAGAUGCACAGAAUAUGUAUGAACAGACACUGUUCACACCGGAGGUUUAUUGAAGUCAGCUUGUUUUUAAAUUAUACUGAAAGGUUAAAAAAAAGCCCCCAAAUAUAACUGACAGCCUCUUCUCGUGGUCUUUGACAUGCAGCUCUAGACCAGGAAAGUACAGACUUCAUUAAUGUUAUUACUGCUGUUUGACAUAAAUCAAAGUGUCUGCUGUGAGAAUAAGCUGCUCAUCUUCACAAUGUUCAGCUUGCCUUAGAUUGGUGAAAUACUGUAUGUAUGUUUCUCCAAGGUGGAAUUUUAAAAUGAUGCUUCAGAAGUUGGUCGUGUUCUGAGAUUUCCCUUUUAACCAUAACAUUGCUAAUUAGUUCUAUUUUACCUUCAGAAAAUACUUAAAGACACAUUUUUCUGUAUCUGAGAAAUGAGAUGAUUUACCAGCACAGUCCAGACAAAUAUUUGUGUCAACUCUUGGCCUUUUUGCCCAUUCUGACGUUUUUAAAGCCUUUGGAAAGUUAAUUUUAUUUUUUUUAUUUUUCAAAGAGCACAUAUAUCACAUAUCUCUGUCUGGUUUCACUUUAAUUCACCAAUGUUCAAAUGAUUUCUGGAAGAGGUGGGUUGUUCUUUUGAGUGACACAGAGUAAACCUAAAGAAACUGGUGACACGGGGUGAUGGCAGUGACAUUGACUUUUAAAAAUGUAUAUAGUGAAUAAAACAUUUUGCCAUUUCAACUUUUGAUCCUGCUAAUAAAAGAGCCAGAUUCUCACAUCUGAUCUGCUUGUUUGACCCUGUCUAUCAAUAAAGAUGCCAAUGGAUCAAACUCAAAA